AUGGUCUUAUCUAGCGGCUUGAACACUCGCCAUGGUCUCGUGGAGGCCGUGGUGAAGGAGCGAUUCAUCGUCAACCCGUUCACGGAGCUCGCGCUGACCGAGCACGACCACGAGCAGCUCAAGGAACUGGCGAACAACCUCAUCUGGGCCAACCUCGACAAGUACACGACGUACCAGGACGAGAAGAAGAAGGGCGUGGAUCCGCGACGUUGGAAGCUCUGGAAGCAGCGCCAAGGCAUCGAUAUGUACGUCGAGCGUCAAGGAACUGCGUCCGCGGGCGAGAACAUCACGUGCAACGGCUUGCCUGGAACCUGGGGCAUCGGUAACAAAGAGGGCAAACUGGACGACCUGAUGUUCGGUCUCGUCAGCCCCACACUCGAAGCCAUGCGCGUCAAGGCCUCGUACGUUGACGACUUCAGUGGAGCUGCUGUGCUAGACAGCAUAGUCGAGCCAUCGCUGGACGAGCCGUCGACAUCCCCUUUGCCUCAACGAACCUGGUCAAGAACCGCGACUAUUAUAUACGUGUACAUCGAUGCCACGGGCGAGCGCUUGGCCUAUCAUCUCAUGCACUCGGUGAGCUUCCCGAAGACACCCGAUCUUCCCAACCGCGUGCGCGGCAACAUGCCCGCGCUUGCGUUUUGGCGCCAGGUCGGGCCCAACACUAUGGAGCUCUUUGGUACGUCCGUGAUGGAUCCUGGUGGUGAUGUGAUCAAGAUGAUCGCUGUCCCCAACAUGACCGGAGUCUUCUUCUGCACGCUGAAGUACGCCUAUUGCGGACAGAUGAAGAAGCUUAACUUCAUGCUGGACAAGAAGUACGCCGAGUCCAAGCAGCACGGUGGAAAAAUGUCUGCGUGA